ACGCCCCCCACCCAGUGUUGAUUUUCGAUGACAGCUCACAGCAAGUGAAGUUUACUGGGAGCCUACAAAACGGGCACUGUUUUAGCCUUCCCUAGUAGAUUUUGGCUUCAUUUCGACCGAUCUCUCUGGAUUAUUCUUUAACAAUGGAAUAAGAAGUAAUCAUGGUGGUAAAUUCAGUGCACUGGUUUCGCAAAGGUCUGCGGUUGCACGAUAAUCCGGUGCUGCAGGAGGCCCUCAAUGGAGCGGACACCGUGCGCUGUGUUUAUAUCCUAGACCCGUGGUUCGCUGGCGCAGCCAACGUGGGAAUCAACCGAUGGAGGUUUCUGCUGGAGGCUCUGGAGGACCUGGACAGCAGUCUGAAGAAGCUCAAUUCCAGAUUGUUUGUAGUCAGAGGGCAGCCUACUGAUGUUUUACCAAGGCUUUUUAAGGAAUGGAAAGUGACCAGAUUGACAUUUGAAUAUGACCCAGAGCCUUAUGGGAAGGAGAGGGAUGGGGCCAUCAUCAAGAUGGCCCAAGAGUUUGGAGUGGAGACCAUUGUCAGAAACGCACACACCCUCUACAACCUGGAUAGGAUAAUAGAGGCGAACAACAACAGUCCUCCUCUGACCUUCAAGCGGUUUCAGACCAUUGUGAGCAGACUGGAAUUGCCCAGGAGACCUCUGCUUCCCAUCACCCAGCAGCAGAUGGAAAAUUGUCGCACUGAAAUAGCUGAUAACCAUGACCAGCUAUACAGUAUACCUUCACUGGAAGAACUAGGUUUCAGGACAGUAGGUUUGCCUCCAGCUGUGUGGCGGGGAGGAGAGACAGAGGCCUUGGACAGACUCAACAAACAUCUGGACAAAAAGGUGUGGGUGGCCAACUUUGAGCACCCUCGUGUCAACACGUGCUCUCUGUAUGCCAGUCCCACUGGCCUCAGCCCCUACCUGCGCUUUGGCUGUCUGUCCUGUAGGGUUUUGUACUACAACCUCAGAGAGCUCUACAUGAAGCUCCGUAAGCAUUGCAGUCCUCCUCUGUCCCUGUUCGGCCAGCUGUUAUGGAGGGAAUUCUUUUACACAGCUGCCACCAACAACCCAAACUUUGACCGCAUGGAGGGAAACCCCAUCUGUGUUCAGAUCCCGUGGGACCAGAACCCAGAGGCACUAGCCAAGUGGGCUGAGGGUCGGACUGGUUUUCCCUGGAUUGACGCCAUCAUGACCCAGCUGAGACAGGAGGGCUGGAUCCACCACCUUGCCCGGCAUGCCGUCGCCUGUUUCCUCACCAGGGGAGAUCUGUGGAUCAGCUGGGAGAGUGGCAUGAAGGUGUUUGAGGAGCUGCUGCUGGAUGCAGACUGGAGUGUAAAUGCUGGAAGCUGGAUGUGGUUGUCGUGCAGUGCCUUCUUCCAGCAGUUCUUCCACUGCUACUGUCCUGUUGGCUUUGGGAGGAGAACUGACCCAUCAGGAGACUACAUCAGGCGUUACAUCCCCAUCUUGAAGGACUAUCCAAACCGGUACAUUUAUGAGCCAUGGAACGCCCCAGAGUCGGUCCAGAAGGCAGCCAAAUGUGUGGUGGGAGUGGAUUACCCCAAACCUAUGAUCAACCACGCAGAGGGCAGCAGGCUCAACAUUGAGAGAAUGAAACAAGUUUACCAGCAACUCUCCCAUUACAGAGGACUCAGUUUACUAGCAUCGGUACCAACGAUCCAAGAGGAGGCAGAGCCACCAAUGACUGAUGAGUCCCGGACCAGCAGUGGCCCUGACUCUCCUCCCAAAGGUCCCGCUGACAGUGAAGCAGCUGACUGCUCUACAGCUCCUGAUUCAUCCACAGUCUGUGCAUUCUCCACCUAUUCCCCAUAUCCAGACCUGGAGGGGGCAACAAACAGUCACCCUUCCCAGACACCCUGCGCCUACUCAGUCUCACACACACAGCCCUCUGCAGCCAUAACAUCUGCAUCUGCCAGCCAAGCUCUGUCUACAGCAGCUCCUCCCUCCCCAGCCUCAACACCAACCCAGAGCAGUCUGUCAAGGUUCAAACCUUCCUCCCCUUCUUCUUCAUGUCCCACCAUGUCCCCAUCCCUCAGUCCAGCCAUGACCAUGACUCAGCACUCCUUUUCUGGGCAGAAGAGAAAAGGCCUUGUCAGCAAGGUGCGGUGUAUCCAGAGGCAGCGAGGGCGACAAAGCUGCACUCCAGCAGCCGGGGAGGUAGAGAGGAGAGCUGAGGAGGAGGAGAAGGAGAGGGAGGAGGCCGGAUUGGAGGAGAGGAUGGAGCAGGAUGUUGAGCAGGAUGAGGAGAGAAUGGAGGAAGAGACAGCAGGUCAUCAGCAGUGAUACAAGGUGGAAAUCAAGUGAACAAUCUUCAAACAUCCAUCCGAGACAACUGGAUUCAUAAAGACAUACAAGGAAAAGUGUUCUGGAUAUGUACGCAACAUAAAUAUAUAUGAGCAUGCAUACAACACAAGUGGAAGUGGUACAAAUGCAUUUUUACUCACAUUAACUUCAGCCAGAAAAAGAAAAUGAAGAUACUGUUUAGAAAAGCAUUGAAAUAAGCGUAGCUCCAUGAAAAUAAAUUACCCAUUUUAACAUUUAGAACCGAACCAGUCUAGAAUGACAGUAAAUUACUCAAAUAUCAUUUUUAUUUGAAAUUUAAGCAUUUUUUGAUGAGAAAUGAGUAAUCUUCUCUGGUACAUUUCCAUCGCUGACACACACGUAGCUAAUGAUGGGCAACAUAAUGCACUGCAACUCUCACACCAUGUCCACAUUGAACCCAUACAACAUAGUGUGGCGGUCAGCACGACACCCCUUUGCUUGUCCUUUUGCUUCUAUGAAUGUCACCUGCCUAAGCACACUGUCCUGUCUCUACACCAGACUCUCUCUGGGCUCUUUUGUCCUGGGAAAGAAAAGUAACUCAAAGUCAUUGGAUGAAGCAGUGUAUUUUUGACAUUUUGCGGUAAUGAAUUUGCAUAACCGUGGUGAGAGUUAUGGGAUUCAGUAAGUUAAUGACCACUAAGUCCCAGAGUUGGGGCGGCCUCUAGCUCACCCGGUAGAGUGUGCGCCCCAUGUAGGCUGAGUCCUUUGCAGUGGCCCGGGUUGGAAUCCAACCUGCGAUACUUAAAGGCCCUGGACACCCACACGUUUUUUUCGGUUAAUCUGGCUGAUUGGACCCCAUCCCAGGACUGUGUGGGUGUGUAUGGACUGAUUGAUUGACAUCUUCCUGAGCCUCCUGGUAGCUUUUUUGCACCUGUGAGGGCAGGACAAAUGACACCUUUAUUAUUCUCAUUGGUAGAUGAAAUUUGUGACGUAUCAAAUUCCCAUCGACGCUCCAGCCCACCUUCAACCUUAGCAGAGGUCUAAUCGGCCAGAACAACUGAAAUCACCUGUGUGGCUGUUCAGAGUUAUGGGGUGGCUGUGGCUCAGGUGGUAAGAGCGGUCGGAAGGUUGGUGGUUCGAUCCCUGGCCCUGCAGUCCUAUGUCGAAGUGUCCUUUGGCAAGACACUGAAUCCCGAAUUGCUACCGAUGCUGCGCCAUCGGAGUGUGAAUGUCUGUGAAUGUUUAUCUGAUUAACAGGUGGCACCUUGUACAGCAGCCUCAGCCACAGUGUAUGAAUGUGUGUGAAUGGUUCCUGUACUAUGUUAAAGCGCUUUGAUUAGUCGUUAAGACUAGAAAAGCGCUACAGUUCAUUCUGGGUCCAUUUCAAAAACGUACUAUUCUCAUUUAGAGACAUGCAGGAACUCUGCUAGUGCUUCAGACAGCUAUACUAACCUUCACUAAAACGUAUUAAACUUCACUUUAUAUUGUAUCCCUCUCAGUGUUUAGUUGUGGACAUUUUGGGCCUGCUUUAGGAGUCACUCAUGUAUAUUCAGUUGGGAAAACAGUGAAGCCAACUCUGGCCCCAGGGAAAUGGAAAGUUUUUCUUUUCAAGUGGCCCUGGUGAAUUUGUUCAGGACGUUCUCCUGUGGGUUUUUUUUUUU